AACGCGAACGCCGCAGCCGCCAGUUCUCUGCGUAUCAGCCGCGUCGUGGACGGUGCGUAAAUCCAGAAGCAAUGAUGGAGAGAUGCGCCCUAGACGGUGCGGAGGGGUGGAUGAUAGACUGGAGCGGCGUAGAUUGGGCCGACGAGUGGAGACGAGAGGCGGACCGCCUCCCGCCCGCAAGCCAGUCCUACAACGGCCUGGCGCCCACACACCUAAUAGUUUGGGACGACCCCGCCUCCGGGGUAACGGCGAUCGCAUCCAAGAUGUCAGGUUGGGCUACCACCCAGGACGGCGAAAGCAUCCGGCUGAUACGAUUAGGUAGGAAGAAGCACGUCUUGGAGGCUCGCAACGAGUUCGUCUGCGAAAAGUGCGGUGACAUUUUGCCAGACGAAACUGCGCUCUUGUUCCACCAGGCGACGGGUUUCUGUCGCCCGAACAAGACCGUGAAGGAGCUCCGCACACUAAGAACCUGCAGGCUCAUAGAGCAAAAGAAGAAAAGCAAGCCAAAAGCAACAAAGCCACAACACGCGCGCAAACUAAGGUACAACGGCAGGGAGGUCGAGGCCGUUCCCUCCUUCAAGUACCUAGGAACAGAGGUGGCGCAAGACGGCACCACAGACACAGAAGUUGCGCGGCGCUGCGGGAUAGCCACGGGAGUAGUCAAACAGCUGCAGCCAAUUUGGCGGGAUCGCAGCCUCCCCCCGCAUUUGAAAGCCGAACUGUAUAGAUCCCUGUCUCUUAGUGUAGUGCUAUACAACGCAGAAGCGUGGUCGCUGUCGCCGGCGGGCGACACAGCACUGCGCAAAUUCCAGCACAACGCGCUCCGCCAGAUCCUGGGGGGGCAUUACCGGAACGAAGACCGGUCAAGGGCAGAACUAUGCGAAGAGCUGGGAGUGCAGCUCAUAGAAGACGAAGUGCAGGGCAAGCGGAUUGCUUGGGUGGCGCACGCCGGCAGGGGCGACUGGAAAGAAGGGUCAGUAGGCAGAAUAGAGAAAGAAAUCCACAAAAACACGCCGUGGGGUCGACAGAUAAAGCAAGACCUCGAGGCCUUUGGGCUAACGCUGGAAUUAAUCAAGGAACAAAAGCCGACCGGGAUAGCAAUCCGGGCGACGCUGAACGCAAAGAGGAAGAUACAGCCGAAAAAGAGAGCAAAAGGACAGAAAGCAGGACAACCAAAAACCACAAAACGCACGGCGAUGGAGCAGGAGCGAAGACAACGACUGGAGCAGCAGAGACAAGAACAGGAGGAAAAAGCAAGGGAAACAAUAGCACAAAUCAGCGGGAAAGUGUGGACAAAGCGGCCCAGGCCGCAAAGUCAUGAACCAGACGUACGAGGAAGAACGCGAACGCCGCAGCCGCCAGUUCUCUGCGUAUCAGCCGCGUCGUGGAGCCGCGGUGAGAAGUUCUCUACGCGGUGGUUUUGUUAUUUUCGGAGCUUGUUACCCCCUGGCCCUGCCGCUGCCAGUGCCAAGCCUCGUCGAGGGUUUUUCGGCAGCUAUUCAAAAGACGAACUUCACCUCCGAGGCCGGUGUAAGUGCUCAACCAGAAACAAAAAGCGGCGACACACGACGCAGAUGGUCCUUCUGCUCGACAUGACGGUCCAAAAACUCCCCUGCUUGCCGCUGGUUUGA